GCAAAGGAGCUCCUGGCUGCCUCAACUCGGCGCGCUUCUCCCCGGGGUGGAAGAGGGAAGAGAGGAGGGCGCCGCUUGAAGCCAAGUUCAGCCGGUGUGUGACUCGAGCCCGAACAUCCAGAAGAGAUUCCCGGGACUCCAGCAUCCUCCCGCUGGCCGCGCAAGGCAGGCACCCCGUCGAUAAGCUUGAUUCUCCCCUUCUCGCCCCAAGUUUGAGUGCGGCCCGCAGGUGGUGCAAACGCCCCAGCUCUCUGGCGCCCCCUGCUGGCGAGAGGGAAGGCGGCCGCGGUCGCGGAGCCUCUGGGCACAGCGCUGGGAGAGAGCUCCGGCGCCGAGAAGAAGCCGCGAGCUUCCCCGAUGGUGCCGCCGCCUCCUCCGUGCCGGGGAGGAGCAGCCAAGGGGCAGCUGGGCAAGAGCCUGGGGCCGCUGCUGCUACUCCUGGCGCUGGGACACACGUGGACCUACCGAGAGGAGCCAGAGGAUCGCGACAGAGAAGUGUGCUCAGAAAACAAGAUCGCCACGACCAAAUACCCGUGUCUUAAGUCUUCGGGCGAGCUCACCACGUGCUUCAGGAAAAAAUGCUGCAAAGGAUAUAAAUUUGUUCUUGGACAGUGUAUUCCAGAAGAUUAUGACAUCUGUGCCCAAGCUCCCUGUGAACAGCAAUGCACGGAUAACUUCGGCCGGGUGCUGUGCACUUGUUACCCAGGAUACCGAUAUGACCGAGAGAGACACCAAAAGCGGGAGAAGCCGUACUGCCUGGAUAUUGACGAAUGUGCCAGCAGCAACACUACUCUGUGUGCACACAUCUGUAUCAACACCGUGGGCAGUUACCACUGUGGGUGCCGGGAAGGCUACGUCCUUGAGGACGAUGGGAAGACCUGCACCAGGGGAGACAAGUACCCCAACGACACUGGGCACGAGAAGGCCGAGAAUGAGGUGAGAGCCGGGACUUGCUGUGCAACGUGCAAGGAGUUCUCGCAGAUGAAGCAGACGGUGCUGCAGCUGAAACAGAAGAUUGCUCAGCUUCCCAACAGUGCUGCUGAACUGGGCAAGUACGUCAAUGGUGACAAGGUGCUGGCCUCAAACACCUACCUUCCAGGACCUCCUGGCCUGCCUGGGGGGCAGGGCCCUCCCGGCUCACCAGGACCCAAGGGGAGUCCUGGAUUCCCUGGUAUGCCAGGCCCUCCUGGACAGCCUGGUCCACGGGGCUCAAUGGGACCUAUGGGACCAUCCCCUGACCUGUCUCACAUUAAGCAAGGCCGGAGGGGCCCUGUGGGCCCACCAGGAGCACCAGGAAGACAUGGCUCCAAGGGGGAGAGAGGAGCACCUGGGCCCCCAGGGUCUCCGGGACCCCCAGGUUCUUUCGACUUCCUGCUGCUUGUGCUGGCUGACAUCCGAAAUGACAUCGCCGAGCUGCAGGAGAAGGUGUUUGGGCACCAGACUCACUCUUCAACAGAGGACUUCCCCCUACCUCAGGAAUUUUCCAGCUACCCAGAGACUCUGGACUUUGGAUCUGGGGAUGACUACUCCAGAAGAAGUGAAGCAAGAGACUCUGAGGCCCCCAGGAACUUUUAUCCAUAGCACAUCCCAUGUCUUCAUGUCACCAAAAGAGAAGCAUAGCUUCACCCAGUUAUUGCAUCUGAAGAAAAAUACCACUGGAGGCCUAAAGCCUUUCUCUGUACUGUCUUCCUGCCCUCUCUUUACUCUGCUUCCAAAUCCUGUUUUCCAGGUACCCUGCACAUCACACUAGCAACAGGAGGAUGUGAUGGAUAACAGGCUCUUCUUGAAGAGCCGCUGAGUGGUUUUCAUCAGGACCAUCCGUGACAUCCUAGGUCUUCAGGAGCUUUUGAAGUUCUAAGUUAAUUGUUCCCACAGAAUCUUAAAUUUUGACCCAGUGCCAAAAGAGGAGGGGAAUGGCAAAGUGGUCUCUUAGAAGUGUAAAGUUCAUUCUAAAAAGAAAAUUGUAUUUAAAAUACUUGACUGUUCACCCUUUACAGCCGGGAGUAUGGCUCUUCAGUUAAAGGGGGGUUGAAGCAGCACAAUGUAGAUUGAUGUUGAUUUAAAAAAAAAAAAAAAGACUUUUCCUUCGCAACAUCACAGAUUUCAAAUUCUGCAUCCUAUUUUCCAGGCUUCUUAUUUUAUAUUUGGUUACAGAAACAAAAGAAUAAAAAAGAAGUACAAAAUGCCCUGGCACUGACCAGGUGGCCAGAGGUGCCACCAGGCCCUGAUCUUGGCUGAAUCAAGGCUGGAGGGAAGUUGUUGGCAAAGGGUCAUGGGGAGGCAUUGAGAAGGGCUUCACUAAAGCUCAAUCACCAGAGGCAGGUUAAUCUGCUCUUAAGACACUUGGAGUUCUCAUCCCUAGCCAGUCAAGCUAACCAGUGCCCUGGAGAUAAUGCACAGCUGAGAGAUCUCUGAGACAUAGAAGGGGAAGAGAUUUUUUUCUAACUUGACCUAAUUUUCCACUAUUAUCCCCUGAUUUAGUUAAAAUCCCUGUUCUAGGUCUCCUUGACUUUUUCUCCUGGGCCAGAUGGAGAUGGCUUGGAGGGAGGCACAUUCUGCAGUGUCUCCCUGAGUCCUUUCUUAGAGCAAUUCUAGAUCCCAGGGACCCGUGUUCCCAGAAAGGAACAAGAGGCCAGGUUCCUUCUUGUGUCUUCGAGUUCUAUUGAGCUUCCCAAGGGAUCUUGCUCACAUGGUCGCCUACACCAGGGUCCCUUGUCUGCUAUCCUGCAGUAUCCCCUCAUAUUUCUAAGA